GAUCUAACUCCCGAACUCGUGAAUGGUCUACUUGAUUACCAAACUUGGUCGCUAACUAACCGCAUGCUCAUCGCUGACGGUGUAAAUGCCGGCUGUCAAGGUGUCAAGCUUCUAGUUCUUGUUAUUAGUGAACAAGAGCUUACCUACAACCGUGUAACCGGUGAGGUUGAAGAUUAUACCUCUGCUUAA